AUGCCAUCUCACCCAGUGGAGCUCAUCCGCAGGGGACCUUCCGCAGUAGAGCUCACCCAUGGAGAACUCUACCCAGUGGAGCUCACCCAAAGGAGUUCGCCAGGUCCCGGGCUUUCCCAAGGUAGAUCCCCCUCAGUAGAGCUCACCCAUGGAGACCUCUGCCCAAUGGAGCUCGCCAGGACUUCGAAGGGGUGGCAAGGUGAUUGGGGUCCAGCCAUCAGGUUGAAGGCUUCUAAGGAGUCAAUCUCGAAGAUGUAG